CAACCCUGGCAUGUGUAUAGUGCAAUCAUUUUCGGCCUGCCUGCAAACAGCACCGUCGUCGCUGGGCUUGAAAACAGAGAUUGUUGCCGACAGACUGGCAUCAUGUCGAGCACAUCCAGUGAUACAGAGUCGUCCUGUGGUUGGAGCAUCAUCAGCGUGGAGGGUUCAGAUAUUGAGACUUUGGUGGCGGAGGCCAUGGCACAGCAUGAAAGUGUUAGCCCAGAGCUUCCUACUGCAGUAGAAGCAGAACUGCAAGACUCUCAAGACUCAGUUCUUACCUCUGGAUGUAAGGAUGGAAAAGUUGACGUCUUACUGGACGAUAUGCUGGGAGAACAAACCGAGGACAAUACUCUGCGCGCCUCAGAGGCUGGAGCUAGCGACCACUCGGACAUCGUGACGCUACAGGAGCUUAGAGAGGGCGCGGCAGCGACAGGAGACGAGGGCUCGUUCAUGGGCAUGUCCUGCAGCAGCCAGUACACCUUCACCGCCGCAGAGACCGUUUUACCUGCCGGACGACCGGCCGCCGCUACAAACUCAAGCAGUAGCGAGAGUGAAACCAACCCCAACGUCACGGUGCGAAGACGCAGGGUCAGGAGGAGUACAGCAAAUGCCGGUACAGAGUCUUGCGAAGAGGAUGAGACGACGCUGGCGGAAGUCGGCGAAGACCAGGAGCGACGGGUGGAGCGGACCGAUGUCGGACCCAUUCGAGGCAAUGGCGACGAAAACCACCGCGGUUACAUUUUGCUCGUCCUCCUCUUCGCACUCAGCAUAGGCCUUGGACACUACUACGGUACCAUGCAAGAGAGGCCGAAAACAGCAAACAAAGUCAGAGAACGUGAUCUCGACAGUGUGCGGGAUGUGCUUCAAUAUCAUGUCAAGAGCGACCUUGCCCAGGACGAACUGAAUGAACAGAAUGUUAUAUCAUUGCUCACAGAAGUCAUCAAGAAUAUGAGUGCAGAGAAUAAGGAGCUUACCUUCAAGCAGGAAACCGUUCAGGCUCUACGAGUAGGCCACGGAGUACAAGUGAGACGGGCGGAGGAGGAGAAGCAGAGGUUGACCGUCAUGAAUGAGCAGCUGCAAAGAACCUUGGGGGAAGAAGAAAAGUCCCUCUCCACCUUGCGCAAGACGCUGACGAGCCUGCGCUCCAGGAAGCGAGACCUGGAGGCGGAAAACCGGAGACUGAAGGGUGAGCUGGAACGAGGGGAGGAGCUGAAGAAGCAGCUGGACGAGGAGAGGGAGCUGGCGUCCGAAGCGGAGCAGCGUCUGAGGCAGUUGGAGAAGAGGCUGGAAUUUGAGCAGCAGCGCUCCGACAUGUGGGAGAGGCUCUACUUGGAAACCAAAGACCAGCGGGCCAAAGGAGACACGACAGACGACAAUGCACGUAAGCCAGGGAUGAUCAAGAAGACCUUCGACGCAGUCAAGAACUCCACCAAGGAUUUCGUCCGCCAUCACAAAGAGCAGAUUAAGAACGCUAAGGAAGCCGUGAAGGAAAACCUGCGCAAGUUCUCCGAUUCGGUCAAAUCGACUUUCCGCCGCUUCAAGGAUUCGGCGUCCACCUUCAUAGACAACGUGAAGAGAAAAGGCAAGAGGUUCUACCGAGACGAGUCAACAGAGAAAAAAAAAGCUCGACCCGACACUCGCAAAUCAGGAGAGCGAGCCUCUGGGCCCAAAGCUUGUCAGAGAGUCUUCGACUGCACCUACCAGGAGUCGGUCAGAGACUUCGACCGAGCAGCUGAGCCCGUGCGAGCCGACGAUGUCCACCGGCUACUCCGGAGCUACCUACGGCAGGAAGUCCGCCACUUCUCCCACUGGAAGGAACUGGAGAGCUUCAUCGAUGGCUUCUUCAUCGACGGCCUCUUCGUCCACGACCGCAUGCUCUUCGCCGACUUUGUCAGCAGCUUGGAACGCUACCUGGCCGACAUGCCCGAGUACCGCGGCCUCUACGACGACGUCUUCGGGGACGUCGACGACUUCAUCUUCAGAAAUCUGUUCGGGGAGCCGCACUCUCACGGCCACGCGCCACGCGGGCCUCUGGAACGACCGGGCCCGUACACCAAGGAGCAGUCGAGGACCAAGCAUCAAGGUCGUCGGCAGCAGAGACAAAGGGCGCGGCAUCACAGCGAGCGGAGAAACGGGCCCGUGGCUGACGUCAAAAUCGAACUGGGCCCCGUGCCAUUGGGUCCCAAAUACUGAACACUUCUGGACUGUUUGGGGAGGAAUUGUACUGCGCUCUUUGUUAGUUUGCACCAUGUUCUAAUGUUUUAAUGCUACUGACUGUCCUAUGGGUGGUUUUGCGUUGCUUCCGUGGGAACAUUUUCAGACGCACUUUAAAUGUCUUGACAUUGGCUUCAUGUGGAUUUGGAAUGAGCAACUUUGUUUGAAGGCACAAAAUUCGGUCUGUAGGGAAAAGCCUUGAAAAAUAGUACUUCAAUUAUUGUUCACAUGCUGUUUUUUGAGUCCAGUCUGGAAUUUCAAAUGUUCUUUAAUUGUAACGUUGUGUUGGUCUGACCUGAUUUGACUUUGGGUGACACUGACAGCAAUAGACGUCCAAUCCAUUUCAACCCUCACAGUUCAAAUGGACUGGACAUCUACCAGUUGCAAACUAAAUUCUCUGAGGGGGGGGAAAUGUGUGAUUCCAACGGUAAGUUUGUUUGACGCAAUUGCUUUCUUACAUUCCUUUUAUUUUUCAUUCUUAAAAAUUCACUGCCAGCUCAUCAAUGGAAGUGAAGGAGUUCAUGUGCAUGUGGAGGGAGAAAAAAAACUGCUAGCUCUCACUUUUUUUCUGGAUUCUAAAUUAUUUUUUGCACUUUACCAUUAGACCCAUUCGGUCAGCUUUCGCGUGACAUUGGACAGUUGACGGUGUCGUUCAUAAAUAAAGAUUCUUCCUCCAACUCCUCCCUCGGGAAAAUGAGUGUGAAAAAUGUCUGUUGUCCUGGUGUAGUUGUUUUUGUGCAGAAAUGUUGAGAUCUUCUACAAUAUAAGACAAAGCGGCGUCAAGUCGCGUCUGCUUGUUGGCGGAUCCGUCGACGCUCGUCUUACCUUCUCCAUAACGUCAAAGAGAAUCAGAUGCGUCGGAAGAGAAUGUGCGUGCGGAUACGAAAUCCUGAGCCAAAGUAGGGGGUUCUCGUUGAAUCUGUCCGAUUCGUUUUCGUAGUUUGGCUGGCCCAGAUCAGGCGGGCACUCCAGGAACCGCAUUUUGAGUGGGCAGUGGACGUGGCUGAAAGGGGAGAAGAAAAAGAAGCUUAAAGAAGAAAAACUCAUCCAGGUCUCCUGUACAGGCAACGCAAAGUAUUCAGAGGGGUUCGCUUUUUUCUACAUAUUUUUUGGGGGUUUCGGAGGUACUGGCAUGCCAGUUGCUGAGUUAGCGCCGCUCAUCGCUGCAUGUCUAUUGCUAAACAUAUUAUUUUGCUAUCGGCAGCCAUUCCCAAAUGAUUUUGAUAAGAAACCACUGUUCAAGUUACAAAAGCAAAAAAUAAAUUUAAAAAAGCAGUAUAGAGUUCUCAUAAAUUAGCAGGAGAGGUGGCCUAUAAAGGGUUUUAAUUAGGGCUGUCAAGCGAUUAAAAUUUUUAAUCGAGUUAAUUACAGCUUAAAAAUUAAUUAAUCGUAAUUAAUCGCAAUUCAAACCAGCUAUAAAAUAUGCCAUAUUUUUCUGUAAAUUAUAUAUUCUGUAAAAUAAAUUGUUGGAAUGGAAAGAUAAGACACAAGAUGGAUAUAUACAUUCAACAUACAGUACAAAGGACUGUAGUGGGCAUUUCACAUUACUGUCAUUUAAAUCUGUCUAUGCUGUCCUCACUCCGAAGCGUCUACUUUUUCCAAAGCUAGACAGCUAGUGAACGACGCCUUAAUAAUCAGACUUCUUCCUUUUUCAUCUGAUUUAUGAAUAAAAUGGCCUCAAACUAUUGUCCUCUUUAGACCGUCGUAAAACUACAACAAAAAAAUGUACACAAGCAUUGCAUUAGCAACAACGUUAGCUUAGCAUGCUAUACAGGUUCACUAAACAAAAAAAGUGUCUCAUACAAAAAAUAUUACAUUUCGCUUACUAACAUAAUAUGUACAUUCUUUACAACAACCAUACUUACGGACAAAUCUUGUCCAAGGAUCAUAUAAGCACAACAUUAUCAGCCCGAGACGUCGUGCAGCCAUAUUGAACUGGCAAGUAAACAAUAAACCAUGUCGCGAAGCGACCACAAGAGUUCGCUGUUAGACAGCACAAAAAGCCUUGCUGUAAAACUUACCAAAAGGCAGAAUACUGUCUGAGCGGGACAUGUGCGUUAAUUGCGUCAAAUAUUUUAACGUGAUUAAUUUUAAAAAUUAAUUACCGCGCGUUAACGCAAUAAUUUUGACAACCCUAGUUUUAAUGCAAAUUAACUUUUUUUGACCAAUUAGAAAAAACAAAGACAAUAUACAUUGACAUAACAUUUUGGCUCCAUAACAUUUUGGCUCAUGUAAGCCACAAUAUUGAUUGAUAUUAGUAUACAGUGUAUCACAAAAGUGAAUACACCCCUCGCAUUUCUGCAGAUAUUUAAGUACAGUAUAUCUUUUCAUGGGACAACACUGACAAAAUGACACUUCUGACACAAUGAUAAGUAGUCUGUGUGCAGCUUAUAUAAUAGAGUUAAUUUAUUUUCCCCUAAAAUAUAGCCCUUAAUAUCUAAACCCCUGGCAACAAAAUUGAGCACACCCCUUUGAAAAAACGUACAUCCCUAAAAGUCCAAAUUGAGUACUGCUUGUCAUUUUCCCUCCAAACUGUCAUGUGACUCAUUACAAGAGUGCUGUCAGCAUUGCUGCAGAGAUUGGAGAGGUGGGGGGUAAGCCUGUUAGUGCUCAGACUAUACAUCAAAUUGGUGUGCAUGGCUGUCACCCCUGAAGACGGUACACAAGAAAGCCCGCCCGUCUCAUCAGACCAUAGGACACAGUUCCAGUAAUCCAUGUGCUUUGUUGACAUGUCUUCAGCAAACUGUUUGCGGGGUUUCUUUUCAUUGUGUCAAAGUGUAAUUUUGUCAGUUGUCCCAUGAAAUGAUAUACUUAAAUAUCUGCAGAAAUGCAAGGGAGGUACUCACUUUUGUGAUACACUGCAACUAUCAAAUUGGUGGGUAAAAAGAACUUUCAUGUGAAAUUUGACUGUCUAUUGCAUAAGAGAAAUUCCCAAGAAAUUGAAUAUUUCCUACAACCUUCAGAGAGCAGCACAGACAGGAUCUAAUCAGAGUAGAAAGAGAUGUGGUAAGCCAUGCUGCACAACUGAGCAAGAAGACAAGUACAUUAGAGACUGUAUGAGAAACAGAUGCCUCACAGGUUCUCAUCUAGCAGCUUCGUUAAAUAAUACCCGCAAAAUGAUUAAAGAAAUGAUGAAUAUGGGCAAAAGAAUGCAGACAAAGGAAGACUGGAAAAAACUUAUGGACAGACAAAUCAAACAGACAAAGCUUGAGGUGUUUGGAUCACAGAAAAGAACAUUUGUGAGAUGCAGAGCAACUGAAAAGAUACUGGAAGAGUGCCUGAUGCCAUUUGCCAAGCAUGGUGGAGGUAAUGUGUUGGUCUAGGUUGCUUUGGAGCUGGUAAAGUGGAAGAGUUGUACAAGGUAAACAGGAUUUUAAAUAAGGAAGGCUAAGGGUGUAACGGUACAUGUAUUUGUAUUGAAACGUUUCGGUACGUGGUGCUCGGUUCAGAACGGAGGCGUACCGAACGAGUUUCUGACGUAAGGUAACCCUUACUUUUCGAGGCUGUGAGUCGAUCGGGUUACAGUUUCUUUGUGUAGUUUAUAUUUACUCUGUCUUCUCUACUAUAAUGAGGACCAACACCGUAGGAGAGUAUAACCCAGAAACGUCAACGGCGCGACAACGUGGCUGCCGCGAGAACGCAGUGAAACGCGAGCGUUAAAGUCAAUCAGCCAAUGCAAACCAGUCGCGACCCAGAAGCGGUUCAACACGACGCACGCGAAAAGAACGGCAGAGUUUAUUGUUUGACGCGAGACGCGACCCUCCUGUGUCAAUACUACUACCGAUAGCUAGGAUCGGGCAGACCGGAAGUCACUCGUGUAAAAAUACGGUGGAUCCGGUCGAUUUUCAAACUAAUAUGCAAUCGUAACCCACUUUUUGAGUCCCAUCAGAUUUCUUGAGUGGUAGAUCGGGGCACAGUUGACUUGUCUUUGUUGAUUUACUGCUGUCUGCUGUCGAAAAUGAACCGAACCGUGACCUCAAAACCGAGGUACGUACCGAACCGAGAUUUUUCUGUACCGUUACACCCCUAAGGAAGGCUAUCACUCCGUUUGAAAGUGCCAAUUUCAUCCUACAACAGGACAAUCACCUAAAGCACACCUCCAAAUUAUGCAAGAACUAUUUAGGCAGAAGCAGGCAGCUGGUAUUCUAUCUAUAAUGGAGUGGCCAGCAUAUCAACCUCAUUGGGCUGUUGUGGGAGCAGCUUGAUCGUAUGGUAUGCAAGCAGUGCUCAUCAAGUCAAUCAAACUUGUAGGAGGUUCUUCUGGAAGCGUGGAGGGAAAUUUCUCCAGAUUACCUCAACAAAUUAACAGCUAGUACGUCAUUGGUCUGCAAAGCUGUAAUUGUUACUUGUUGGAUGAGAGCAAGUAUGAAGGAGAAAAGUAU